UUUAGCAAAAACGAAAGAAAAUCGUCUCGAACACUUCUCAGCGAACCCCUAAACCCUCGCUUUCUCCCCCGGCAACUGACCAGGGUUCCGACCGACCAUGGCCGGCGACGAUGACCUGGCGGCCCUCCACGAGCAGGCAGCCCUGGCCUCCUCCGCCGCCGUCUCCGCCUCUGACCUCGACUUCGCCUUCCAACUCCAGGUCGCCGAGGCGAUCCAAGCAUCUCUUCGCGCCAACAGUGACCCCUCCUCUUCCAGCUCUGCCGCCGCAGCGGCCGCCGCCUCCUCCCCAUUUCAGUCCGCCCCUGUGCUCGAGUCAUCGGACGUCGCAUACGCCCUAGCGGUCCACGCCGCGGACCUCGCUCGCGCCGAGGAGGACCGCCUCGACGCCCAGCGCCUCCGCGAGGCCCACGCCCAAGCGGCCGCCACCGUCCGCAUCGCGGCCCACGACGCCGCGUUCGCGCGCGAGCUCGCCUCCAUUCCAGAGGACCAAUGGGCUCGUGACGGCGACAACAUCGAGCGCCCCCUCGACCCGACCAAGCCCCUCUUCCGCGUCUUCUUCAAGGGCUUGUCGAGCAAGGGGGUGGUGGGGCCGCGGGACCGGGACCCGGGCGUCGCGGUGCUCGCCGUGGCCGUGUGCGACCACCAGGGAAAUGUGGUGCUCAGGAUACAGAAGCCGGUGGAAGCAUCUGUGGGUGGGCACAUGACGCUCGAGGUGAUGGCGCUCACCGAAGGCCUCGAGGCGGCUCUUGGGUUGGGGAUCCAAAGUAUCAAGAUUGUCACCGAUUACAGGGUGCUGUACAACCAUUUGCUUGGAAUUUGGCGGCCAACACAGAAGAAGCUUGCAGCUAUGAUAGAUCAGGUCCUGUCAGUGCGAAAGAAAUUUAAGCAAUGUGAAGUAUUAUUUGUUGAAAGAAGGCAACUUGAAUAUGUGAUGAAACUAGCCAGAGAAUCUGUAGAGUCUCAGCUUGCCAAAGCUAUUACUGUGCAUACUGGCAUGGAGAUGAGGGAGAACUGUGCCAUCUGCCUUGAAGACACUGAUGUUUCUAAAAUUCAUGCAGUCGAAGGUCGUGCACAUCGCUUUUGCUUCUCCUGCAUGAAGGAGCAUGUGAAAGUUAAGCUACUCCACGGAAUGCUCCCAGCUUGCCCCCAAGAUGGUUGCACUAAACAGCUGACUGUCGAGGGUUCAAAGGUAUUCCUGUCACCGCGACUCUUAGGGAUCAUGGUGCAACGUAUCAGGGAAGCACAAAUCCCUCCAACUCAAAAGAUUUAUUGUCCAUACCCCAAGUGUUCAGCCUUGAUGUCGUUGAGUGAAGUGAUACAGCCAAUGCAAGAAUCCUGCUCAAAGUACACUGUUGCUGAUUCUGCCACAUUGAGAAAGUGUGUUAAAUGCAGAGGCUCGUUCUGCAUCAGCUGUAGAGUUCCAUGGCAUGACAGGAUGACUUGCCAAGACUAUAAGAUGAUGCACCCCCAUGCUCAUUCAGGAGAUGCCAAGUUAGAGAACCUUGCAGAGCGCCGGCUAUGGCGCAAGUGUGUGAAAUGUCAGCACAUGAUUGAACUCGCAGAGGGUUGCUACCAUAUGACUUGUGUGUGCGGCUAUGAAUUCUGUUACACCUGUGGGAAAGAAUGGAAGGACAAGAAACCGACCUGCUCCUGCCCGCUGUGGGAUGAACGCAACAUAAUCCGUAAUGAUAUUAGGGCCAAUGUUGUCCGUGAAAACAUUCAGGAAGAUGAAGAUGAGUACGAUGAUGACGAGGACCAUUACUAUGUUCAAGAAGGUGUUCACUAUAACCAGGGGUUUCGGUGAUAGAUGGGCCUUCACCAUGACCUGUUCUACCAUUAACAUCAACUAGUCCACGGUCCAGAAUCCCAGUAUCAAGUUAUUUUGCAGCUAUGCAUAUGUAAUUACCUUGUCAGCUGUAUGUAGAUGAGCAGGGUCUCCUUUGCUGUUAGUAUGUAACCGACAGCUAUCGUAUGGGCGUUUUGUUUUGUUUAGUGGCACACAUGAAUGCAUCCACUUAGCAGAACUUGAUGAAUAUUAUGCUCGGUUUAAGGCCUAAUUUAUGUCUUAGCUUGUGAAUACUGUCCCAGUUAGCUUGAUGAAUAUAUUUCUUUGUCAGAAACUGUAUAAAGGAGACCCUGGCAGUAAGUCACCUCUACGACAGGUAGCAUUGUUUGAUCAUAUUUUUCCAUAUGGCACCAGAUCGCCGCAAAUGACCAAUGGUGGCGGGGCUCAGCUCGUUUAAAUUUUUUUUCCAUAGCACAAAAAAAAGAAAAAUUGAAAAAAAUUGUAUAUACAGAAAUCGAAAAAUGUAUUUGGCAACCCUGUGACAGAUUGCAAAAACGCCACACGAGCUGGGAGACGUCAGAUCACCAUCACGCCAUCGAACCGGUACGCAGAAAAAAAACGCCCGAACAGAUCGAACCCCACCCUCAUGAGAAAACCAAUAGUGCUACCCUCUCUCCCCCGACCUCGCCUCGAUCCCCAUUCCAGCCGUCGGCGAGCUCGCACGCCGCCAUGGUCGCUCCCCCACCAGCACGCCACUGCCAACGGAAGCUCCUACCUCCGCAUCCCCGCGCCGCCAACACUCCCCCUCCACCUCCCCACAUCAGGCCGAUUUGCGCCGCCCCCUCUACCUCCUGCGCGCCGCCGCGACCCAACCACGCGCCGGCGACUAGCCAGCCGACGAGGACUCUGUCCGGUGUCCAUCGUGGAUUGGCCCGUGGAUAGAAUGGACGCUGGUGGCGGUCACCGUGCCGGCAAGGCUCUGCCAAACCAAUUCAGUGGAUGAAUGACGAUGAAGGCGUAAUCCUGGUCCUGUAUUUCAAGAUAUCCGAUAGCUUCGACAAGGAGAUUUCUCCUCAGCUCAGGGACAACAUCAAGAGUGUUAUGAAUGAGGAAAUGAUGAAGGUCAAGGGGGUUCCCGGUGGACAGAAACGUGCCCUACACAGAGAGGCUGAAAAUUCAGGCCGACAUUGUGAACCCCAAGACCUGCAGCUUAGUGCAGUCGAGGGGAGGCUUGUGCAGUCCUACAACCAAAAGCCAGUGUUGUCUAGACCUCAGCACAAAUUCUACAAGCUAUACUAACCAUUCAUGCUUCCUCACGUCUCCAUCAACGUGCUCAAAUUCAGAUAUUCUUGAUGCGCCCCAGAUUGAAACAUGUGCAUAUGUCUACUUAUUAUGAUGUAGGGCUCAAACUACUUUGAGAUCGAUGUCGACGUGCACUGGUUCAGCUGCAUAUCAUGAAAGGGCCUCGAGACCUUCCGAGAGCGGCACAAAGAUGGCGUCAUCGAUCUUGGGCUGACCAUUCAGCCGCAUGAACAGGGGCUUCUCAAGCCACCGGACGACCAUCCCCCAACGUUCCUUCAUCCUCGUCGUAGUCACCCGCUCUGUGUCUCUCAACCUCAGGGUGGCCAUCGGCAUCACCAAGCUCGCUAGCACGGUCGUCUUGCUCGACGGUGCCAUGGUGCUUAGUUCUACAUAGGUGUGUCCUUCAGCUUCCUCUAGGCCACCGUCAUCGGCCUCAGCGUGCAGUACAACCUCACCGUCUGGACCAUCUCCAGCAAGUUCCAGAUCCUCACUUUCCUCUACUCCGUAGGAAACCAAUCAACCAUCGUGCUUCUGAAUUGCUUUCUACAGUAUGCAAAAUAUGGCUUGCCGCUGGUCGUCUUUGAUUCAUUUUACCUGAAUUCAGGGUGUGGUCGCGUCCGGCAUGUCCUUCGUGAUGCUAACAUGGUGCAUUGACCCAGGACCUAGCCUGGUCAAUGGGAAAUUCUGACCGCACUAACCAGGUCAGCUACAUCAUGCUUGUGCUAAGAUUCAUCAAUCCAUGUAGUUGUAUAUUCGUGGAACUAGUGAAUAAAAAAGCAUCCUGCAAGACCCAA